AUGGCUCUUCGAACCCUCUCCGCCAAAAGUGCGGCUGCGCUGGACCAAGAGCUCAUGUCCUCAGGCGCGUUCUCUAUCGAUCAGUUGAUGGAGCUUGCUGGACUUUCGAUAUCGCAGGCAGUCUUCAAACUCCAGCCCCUCAGCAAAGGCAAGCGCAUCCUCGUAGCAUGCGGUCCUGGUAACAACGGUGGCGAUGGCCUAGUCGCAGCUCGUCACCUGUUUCACUACGGCUACCAGCCUACAAUCUACUACCCAAAGCAGAGCAAGAAUGAGUUGUACCAGCGCCUCAAGAAACAACUCGAAGACCUCAAGGUGCCCUUUACAGAAGACUUCACCAGCGCACUGAAACAAACCGACCACAUUGUCGACGCGAUAUUCGGCUUCAGUUUCUCGGGCGAAGUGCGUGAACCUUUUCCCAAAGUCAUUGAAGCUCUGGCAUCUACUUCCGUUCCUGUUCUCGCUGUCGAUGCACCAUCAUCGUGGGACAUUGAAGAAGGCCCAAGAGAUUCCGGACCAGGCAAAGGCUUCAUGCCACCGGCUCUCAUUAGUUUGACUGCACCCAAACCGCUGGUCAAGAAGUUUACUGGCAGGCAUUUUCUUGGCGGGAGGUUCUUGAGCCCGGAGAUGGCGGACAAGUACAAUCUUGAUAUCCCAGCGUAUGAGGGACUGGAUCAGGUAGUCGAGGUACCUGUCGAGGGUGGAAAGCUAUAA